GCAUGGCGGAUGAAGUGCGGCACCUUAUCACACGGCGCCCGCGGUUGAAAGAGCACCCACUGGAACGCGGCGAAGAGGGUGCUACACAACACGAGAAGAGGAGAGGACGCAGACUGAUAGGGCCUGGACCUUGUGCAAAUAUUGCGACCAGGAUGGACGGCUUCAAAGGCCGCAAGGGGCUAAGUGUCUGCGCACCGAGUAAGGACGGCAAAGAACUGGAAGGAGCUUGGCCGCGAAAGGUGCGGACAUCGGGCCGCAACAGAAAGGGAGACUCCAGGAAACCAAUCCGGAAGGGGCAGAACAGAACUGAGCCCGCAGGAAGUCAAGGGAGGAGCGCGAGCGGCGCCGAAAAAGAAAAAGCGGCCCAGUAUCGGGAACGGGAUACAAGAAUUCCAGGGCAAGCAAGACGAAUCAGAAGAGCUUGCGAAGCCGGUGGAAGACGGGGAACACGAUGACCAGACGGGCCGGGAGAGGUCAUAGACGAGGACAGGCGAAGGCCGUGCGGUGGCGGCGUAAUUGAAAAAGCACCUACCAGGGGGGAGCCGGGCAUGCGCCGCUGCGUUGGGUGGCAGGUUAAGCAUGGGACUGGCCAAGCGCGCCAGGAGUGGCGGGAGCAGGCCAAAAGAGGAAAGGAAAGACGAGAAAAGGCGGGAGAUGUAUCAGCAAGGGGCGGGGCGGAUGCGCUGGGACCAAAUGACGGAGGCAAAGGCGUGCGCCUACAAGGGGGAGGCAUUUGGCGGGCCGUGGUCGGAAAGCCUGGCCGCGUGGUCUGGUGUGAAGAGCGUGAAAGGAUAGGAGGGGGGGGCGAAACCUUUAGGAAAAGCAGGCAGAGAAAAGAGGAGCAGGAGGACAGGGAGCGCAAGGAAGCCAAGCGCAAAGCGCAGAGGCGAGGAGGGUUAUAGGAGAAGACAGAGAGGACAGGGGAAGAAGAGACCGGCGGCAGAGCCGCUCAAGAAUCCCAGGGGAGGAAGAAGAGACCUCCAAGGGAGAGAAAGGGAAAGGGAAGAAGAGACCGGGGGAGGAGAUGCGCGAGGGCUCCAGGGACGGAAAAAAGGGGAAGAGGGUGACAAGAGGGCGGGAAAGAGAUGAGGACAACGCGCCGCAGGGGAGCGAAAAAGGGGCAAGAAGGGCGAGAAAUGGCCCCAAAGGAACAAGGAGCACCGCGGGGGGACGACUAGACGAAACGGGGCCAGCGAGUAGACCACCGAGGAGGGAACCAACAGAGCAGCAGGAGACGAGCAGGCGGCUGACGUGAAGGGACUGCAGAAGGGGAGACCCCGGAGGGAGGGCGAGGUAGUGCAGGAGGGUACGUAAGGUGAGAGCCUAGGCGGCUCCGCUCGCCUCCUUGAGGGUCUCUCAGAGGGGUGGCGGACGUUCGUCCAGCUGCUCUCGGUGGGAUCGAGUGGGGACAGCCUUUCACUCUAAACAGGGCAGCCUUCUCAGGUGAAGGGGCUGCAGGGGUGACAUGAGGUGGCAUCUUGCCCCGCCUGUUCGCUGGGUGUGCAUCAUCGCCAUCGCAAUCGCCUAUGCGCUUCCCCGGGGGGUGCGCAUCAUAUGCGCAGCGCGCGCGGCCGGCUGGCGUGUGUGGUAUUCAGUGCUCGGCUUGUGUUUUCAGUGCGUGCGCCUCGUGCCUUCUGUCUUGUGUUCUCUUUGCGGUAUUCCACCGUUCGGGUAUGCAAAGAUAUGAACACACAACUUCCAGGCAGUUAAAAACUUUCGAGCAGUUACAAGCCUGGCAGCCGCAAAGAAAUGAGGGGCCGGAAAGGGUGCCCAUACGAGGCCGCCACUCGUCCCGGGCAAGGAAGGGGCCGCCAGGGAGGCCAAGGCGUGCCGAAGUGGGCGUGAGUUGUUUGCUGUGUCUGUGUGUGACUAUGGGGCGCUGCUUGCGAGCGCGCGCACGCGUGCGCCUUGUGAGUCGCGUCCUGCGAGUGUGGGCAGCGUCUUGCGAGCGCGAGCAUCGUCUUGCGAGUGGGAGCCGCGUCUUGUGGGUGCGCGCUGCGUUUUUUGGGUGCGAGUUGCGCCCUGCGAGUGCGAGGCGCGUCCUGCGAGUGUGAGCCCCGUCGUUUCUUGCGAGUGAGCCCAGCCGCGUCUUGCAAGUGAGCCCAGUCGCGUCUUGUGGGUGUGAGCCGCGUCCUGCGUGUGAGCGCGAGUCGCGUCGUGUGGGUCGCUCCUUGCGAGUGUGUGUCGUGGGUGUCUUGCGAGUGUGAGAGAGUCGCGUCUUGUGGGUGCGAGCGAGUCGCGUCGUGGUCUUGCGAGUGUGAGCCGCGUCCUGUGAGUGCGAGGCGUGUCUUGUGGGUGCGGGCCUCGCCUUGCGAGUGCGGGCCUCGCGCUGCGAGUGCGAGGCGCGUCGUGCGAGUGCGAGUGCGAGUGCGAGUGCGAGUGCGAGUGCGAGUGCGAGUGCGAGUGCGAGCCGCGUCCUGCGAGUCGAGUCCAAGCCGCGCCUUGCGAGUGCGAGCCGCGCCUUGCGAGUGCGGUCCGCGUCGUGCGAGUGUGAGCCGCGUUUUGCGAGUUUGAGGCGCGUCCUUCGGGUGCGGGUCACGUCUUGUGAGUGAGUGCGAGUCGUUUCGUGUGAGUGAGUGCGAGCUGCGUCAUGUGAGUGCGAGCCGGGGGGUGUGAGUGUGAGCCAGGUCUUGCGAGUGUGAGUCGUGUCGUGCGCGUCGCGUCUUCGUGCGGGUCGCGUCUUCGUGUGAGUCGCGUCGUGUGAGUCGUGUCGUGCGAUCGCGUCGCGCGAGUCGCGUCGUGCGAGUCGCGUCGCGCGGGUCGCGUCGUGUGAGUCGCGUCGUGUGAGUCGCGUCGCGUGAGUCGCGUCGUGUGAGUGCGCGCCGCGUCUUGCGAGUGCGCGCCGCGUCUUGCGAGUGCGGGCCGCGUCGGUCUUGCGAGUGUGAGCCGCGUCAGUCUUGCGAUGCGAGUGGGGGCCGCGUCGGUCUUGCGGUUGCGGUUGCGAGCGGCGUCCUGCUGUUUGAGGGCUGGCAGCGUCUUUUCUUGUGAGUGUGAGCCGCGUCUUGCGAGUGUGCGUCGCGCCGUGCGGGUGCGGGCUGGCUGUGUCUUGCAAGGAAGUGCGGGCCGCGUCUUGCGAGUGCGGGCCGCGUCUUGUGAGCGCGAGCCGCCUCCUGUGAGUGCGAGCCGCGUCGUGUGAGUGCGAGGCGUGUCGUGUGAAUCUGGGUCGUGUCUUGCGAGUGUGCGCCGUGUCUUGCGAGCCGCGUCUUGCGAGUGCGAGUCGCGUCCUGCGAGUGCGAGUCGCGUCUUGCGAGUGCGAGUCGCGUCUUGCGAGUGCGAGUCGCGUCUUGCGAGUGCGAGUCGCGUCUUGCGAGUGCGAGUCGCGUCUUGCGAGUGCGGGCCGCGGGCGUCUUGCGAGUGCGGGCCGUGUCGUGCGAGUCGCGCUUGGCGAGUGUGGGCCGCGGGCGUGCGUCUUGCGAGUGUGAACGCGAGCCGCGCCCGCCUUGGUGUGAGUGCGAGCCGCAUCGUGUGAGUGCGGGCCGCGUCUUGCGAGCGUGAGCCGCGUCCUGCGAGUGCGCGCCGCGCCUUGCGAGUGGGAGCCGCGUCUCGCGGGUGCUGGUGCGGGUCGUGUCUUGCGAGUGUGAGCGCGCGCCGCGUCUUGCGAGUGCGAGCGCGAGUGCGGGCUGCGUCUUGCGAGUCGCGUCGCGCGCGCGGGUCGCGUCUUGUGAGUGCGAGCGGGCUGCGCCUUCCGGGUCGCGUCUGUCUUGCGAGUCGCGUCUUGCGGGUGUGGUUUGCGUCUUGUGAGUGCGAGCGCGCGCCGCGCUUUCUUUGCGGGCGGGGGUUGCUUUUUGCGGGUAUGAGUCGCGUCGUGUGAGUGUGAGUCGCGUCAUGUGAGUGCGGGCCGCGUCGUGUGAGUGUGAGUCGCGUCGUGCAAGGAAGUGCGGGCCGCGUUUUGUGAGUGCGAUUCGCGUCCCGAGUGUGGGCCGCGGGCGGGCGUCUUGCGGGUGUGGGGGGCGUCGUGUGAAGUGAGUGUGAGGCGCGUCGUGCGGGUGUGAGAGUGAGGCGCGUCGUGCGGGUGUGAGAGCUGUUCAUCGAUAGGUUGGAAAGGGCGCGGCCUUUUUCACGAAGAUGACUGACUGAGCGGGAACGGCUGCCAGCCCGCAAGUUCUAACAAAAUCUGUGCGAUUCAGUCCAAGAAAAUUGGGCAACGGUCAC